UAUUUCCCAUCACGCAGAAAACGUUAAAAAUAAACAUACCAAUUGAAAAAAAAAUGAAAGUGAGUUCAUCGCCUGCCUCGACUAUUUCUAUGAUCGAUUCAGUCCAAGUGUGUCACCGUUCAUAAUGAAGUUAUUAUAAUUCAAAAUGGGUUGAUCAUCGCGCGUGAUAUGCUACACAUGUAUUGCGAACGUAGAGAAAGGAGUACGCGGAUGUUCGCGUACUGGUAGUUAUUGUGUUCGACUCGAAUGAAAAAUCGAAAAUAGUGCGUAACGUGUUUGUUCCAACUCGAACGUACCGGAGUAAGUUCUUCCGUGUCCAAAUCAAGAUCAAACGAAUUGGAUAUUAAUGCUCAGCGAAGGAUAGGCAAAUUAACGGAAGCCAAUCCACUCGCGGUGAUUGUGCAUUUUUAUAGAAGGAAGAAGACGAACUCGAAUUAGCUGCAGAAUGGACGACAAUGAGAACUAUUUGGAGUACUCCAAAAUGAACUUCUCCCAGUUUUCGUCGCCGUUUGGCGGAGCACUGGCAGCGAAUCAGUUUGCAGCUGCCAAAUUUCCUCAGAAUCUCACCACGGCUAACGGGCAGGUGCUCGGUCUAGUAUCCGGUGCGGACGGUGGUAUGCAGUUCCUACGGCCCAUGGAUGGGAAUGCAAUGGCAGCUGCCACAGCCUUCCAACAGCAACAGCAGGCGGCCGUUGCAGCAGCCGCUAAUAUGCAGCAAGCCACACCCGCCUACAUUACCUUACCCAUCACAAUGCCCGGAGCAAAGCCUGGUGACGCACAACAAACGGUACAGAUUCAAGUACUGAAUCCGAACCCGAUACCACAACCAACCCAGCAAGCACCUAAAUUCCAAAUGAGUCAGAUGCAGAUACCGAUUCAAGGGUUUCAACAAGGAACAACCGUACUGACGGUUGCUUAUGGACCACAGGACGAAGAAAUGAUGCACAAUCACGGUCUACCGGAGGGAAUGACUAUUGUAGCCGCCUUGCAACCGCAAGAUCUUCAACUAUUAGCACAAGCUCAGAACGCCUCACUCCUUCAGCAACAGCAGCAGCAACAACAACAACAACAACACCAGCAACAACAUCAUCAACAACAGAUUCCGAACCACGAUCCACCAAUCCAUACGAAUAUAAAAAUCGAAAACGAUCAACCUCCUCCUAUGCGACAAAUCAAACAAGAAGCAGUUUGGAAUAGUAUUCCAAAUCUCACGGCAGCCCCUGCCUUCGGUGCCGACAUUGCUGAGUUCCUGCAGCAACGAGGUCAAAGCCUUAACCUUCAACCUUUUCUCAAAUUCAAUAACAACAACAACAAUAAUAAUAAUAAUAACGAUGCACCCAAUGCACCUUUAGCUCAUGGUGACCAUCUAAUCGGUGGAUCCAUACCAAAUACCCCAGGAACGACCUUCAUAAAACGAGAAAUCGUUGAGGAAACUUCCAACGACAACACGCAGUUCGGAGCCGACAGUAGCCAAGCGGACAGUAGUUUCAAAGAUACCAGUAGCAUAUCAGGGGACACAACUAGCAGCACCUUGCACGAAACGUCGGCUACACCAACAACAGCAGCAGCGACCUCCACAACCGCACACGGUGAGAACGGAACACCUACAACGGGAAAGGCUCGCAAGAAGCGAAAGUACAAAUCAAAACCUCCGAAACCAAAACGACAGAAACCGGGCCAAGUGCACAUCACGACCGCACUCGACGGAACAGUUCUGUUUUGCUGUCCCGAGUGUCACAUGGCUUACCCAGAAAAGGAGUGCCUUGAACAGCAUCUGGCGGUGCACAAGAUCGAACGACGAUUUAUCUGUGACAUCUGCGGGGCGGGACUAAAACGAAAGGAGCAUCUAGAGCGGCACAAACUAGGGCAUAACCCGGAACGACCGUACAUUUGCAGUGUGUGUCUGAAGGGUUUCAAGCGGAAGGAACAUCUGAACCUGCAUUUUGUUAUCCACAGCGGAGUUAAAACGGAGAUCUGCGGUGACUGUGGGAAAGGUUUCUACCGGAAGGAUCAUCUCCGUAAGCACAUAAAGUCGCACAUGACGAAACGACUUAAGGAAGAGCUAUCUACUAAUGCGAACGGUUCGUCCGGCAGAAGUAGUAACAACAACAAUAACAACAACACUAGCAAUAACAAUAGCAAUAGUAACAAUAAUCUGGACAAUAGUGUAUCGACAACGUCGGGCUCGACACCGGGGUCACUUGCGCUACCAACGGGUAUUCCACCUGGUCUGACGAUAACCACUAGUACAAACUCGAUGCAGAACCACAACCCGCACCCUCACCCUUCGCCUUUGACGCAGGGCAUAUGUUUACCGCAGGGUGUAACAAUACACGUACCAACCGCGGAUAAUCAAACGCUGCCUGUGCAAAUUUCUCUGCCGCAAUUGGUAGCCCAGCAACAAACGGCAUCAGAUGGCACCACCAGUACCAUUCUUGUACCGGCUUCCGAGACCCUGCAACAACACUCAAACAAUGGCCAGUAGCGUUAGUAUCAGAAGAUGAUGGCCAUCGGCUGAUGAUAGUGAAACGAUCAUCGGUUGUCGCCAAAGAAACAAUGUUUCUUUCUUCCUAUGUGGGACGAAUCAACCAAAAGUGUACAAUGAUAGAAAAAACCUUCAGCUGGCAAAUGAAUCGAUCCGAAUACUCAUAUUUUUUACUAUUUUAUUCGUUAGGACAAAUUUUGCUUGAGCUCCUACGGGAGAACCGGGCAGCAUGCAGCAGCGAAUCCCAAAAGCAGCCAAUAUCGUAAUGUAUUGUAUUGUUCUUCUUCACCGGGGAAGCUAUCAAGACAAUUGUGCAUUUGUUGAAGUCUUGUCUAAUUCAAGAUAGUGUUUUUGCGUCGUAGUAAUUAUUUCUGAAGAGCACGGGUACGUUCUGCGACAAUUGUGAAACUUGAACGAACCGUAUAAAUUACCUACUAUUGUUGUUUCUAUGUUUUAAAGUAUAUGUUUUCAUAGUAUUUAAUUUUUACCCUCCAUUAUUUAUUAGGCAGUUAAAAAUAAUUAGCAUUAUUCACCUGUUGUUAUCUCCUUUACCCUCAUCACCAAUCGAUCUAUUUUAAUUAUAUUUAAACUAUUUAUUAUGUCGUCAAACGUAAGGAAAUCCUCAAAUUUUACCUACACAUCAUCACCCGCCAAUUUGUUGAAUCUGUUGUACAGCGAACCUUGUGAGUAGUACCCGAGCAUACACACAAUGAGUUUAACUAGUUUUAAGUAACACGCUGUACGAAAGUAUUUUCAAUGAGCCAACUUCUAACGGCAAGUGGGUUAUGCCGGGCUCGAAACAAACAGAAAUCAAAAGAUAUAGAGAAUUUGAUACGAAACUACCGCUUUUUACUGUACAUAAUGGAUAUUUUCGAUAUUUUCAUGGAAAUGUUGAAAGUAGUAGACAACAAAAAAGUAUAAAUAUAA